CAGGUGCCCCAGUGUUUUGGUUUUCGAACUAGGCCUACUGUUUGUUUUGGUCCUUUUUGAAAUUUCUUUCUGACUUCUGUGCAAUUAGCGUCGUUGUAAAAUUAUCGUUUUUUUAUUACCUGUAAUAAUUUUAAAAAAAGGGUCGAAAAUUACAUAUCAAAUUAGAAAAUGGACACCGAAAUUAAACUAAGUGGAUGGAGCCCAGCACUGAUGGCAGGCAAAACCAAACUCCAAGAGGGAGGUUCACUGGAUCUCACAUUCUGUGAUCUGAGCUAUUGUGUGGGAAAAGGCAAGAAAUUAAAAACAAUUUUACACCAAAUCAGCGGCUCCUUCAAGUCGGGCCAGCUCACCGCUAUUUUAGGGCCGUCUGGAGCAGGGAAAACAUCGCUAAUGAACAUUCUAGCCGGCUUGAAGAAAAGUGGAACACAGGGCAAAGUUUAUGUCAAUGGGGCGGAACGAGAUUUCAAAACCUUCCGCAAAAAGUCUGCCUACAUCACUCAAAAGGAUCACCUUUUGAGGAACCUAACUGUUGACGAGUACAUGAUCUCCGCCGCCCAUCUCAAACUGGGCAACGCCGUUUCCAACAAAGAAAAGAUUUCGACAAUAGAACUCGUUAUGAAGACGCUGGGAUUGACAAAUAGCCAACACACACGAAUUUCGCGCUUAUCCGGCGGUGAAUGCAAGCGGCUGUCUAUCGCACUAGAACUAAUUGACAAUCCAUCCGUCUUGUUUUUGGACGAACCAACCAGUGGAUUGGACAGCUCGUCUAGUUUGCAGUGCGUUGCCCUGUUACGUGAAAUUGCCAGGAGUGGCAGAACGGUGAUCGCUACUAUCCAUCAGCCAAGUUUUCGGAUGCUGAACCACUUUGAUCAUCUCUACAUUGUAGCCAGUGGAUCAUGCAUCUACCAAGGACCUGUUGGGUCUCUGAUUUCUUACUUCAAAUCCAUGAAUUUGAAUUGUCCGAGUUUUCACAAUCCAGCUGAUUUUGCACUGGAUGUUGCCUCUGGAGAAUAUGGCGACGUGCUGGAAAGGCUGGUCUCCGGUGUGGAAAACGGGCGCAAGGUUUACCAAGAUACUUCAAUGGAGACGACGACAUCAGCUGUGGUAAGCAGUAGCCAGAAUAAUACCGGAGAUAUUGACGCUGACGAAGAAGUUUCCAUGUUGAGCGGCCUUCCCAAGAAGAAGUUGGCGACUGGAAAUCGACUGAUGUACGCCACGCCAUUUCAUACGCAAGUGGCUGUUUUACUUGGGCGGACAUGGCGAACGAUAUGGAGAGACAAAAUCCUGACGACGAUGCGUCUGGGUGUUCAUGUGGUCGUGGCCAUCCUGGUGGGAUUUCUUUACUGGCAGAUCGGAGAUGACGCCGCCUCCAUCUUCAACAACGUCGGGAUGAUCUUCUUCAACAUGCUCUUCAUCAUGGCCGCGGCCAUGAUGCCAACCGUCCUCACUUUUGCCUUGGACACGGAGGUACUGAUUCGAGAGCAUUUGAAUCAAUGGUACAGUCUCAAAGCCUACUACCUGGCCAGGACGUUGGCCGACAUUCCGUUCCAGAUUUUCUACCCGGUUGUUUAUUUAGUACCCGUUUACCUGAUGACCGACCAACCGAUGAGCCUUGAACGCUUCGGCCUCCUGCUGGCAAUGAUGAUCUGGUUGUCGUUGGUGGGACAAGGUUUUGGUCUCUUUUUCGGCGCCGCCUUCGACAUCCAGGUGGCUUCGUUCUUUGCCCCGACGAGCAUCGUCCCCAUCUUCCUCCUGUCGGGAUUCUUCGUCACUUUCGAUUCCAUCCCGAGGUACAUCAGCUGGUUGACUUAUUUCAGUUUUGCCCGCUACGGGUUCGAAGGAUCCAUGCUAUCCGUUUACGGCUACGACCGGUCGCCUCUCAGCUGUUCGGAAUCUUACUGCCAUUUCCGCUUCCCCGAAAAGUUUCUAGAGCAAUUUGACCUCACCAGGAGCUCCUACAGUUGGUCUGUGGUCGGUUUGUUGGUUAAUUACAUUCUGAUCAGAACGGCUGGUUACUUGGCCUUGCGUUUCAAACUGAGGCACGUCCGUUGAAUCGCUUUCACAUUUUUUGUUCUCUGAGCAUUUAAAUUGCAACUCAAAUUCCCAGUUUGAACCCAUUUAAGAGAUGUUCCAUGACUUUAUAGAUCAUUCGUGCCUUCCAUGACUUAAAACACUGCCGCAUUUGAGUGCUGUUCAAUAUUUGUCCUGCCAAACAGCAAGCAACAAUAUACCGGUAGCUAUUAAAUAUUUCUAGGGAUCUAUUUUGGUUAUUAUUAUAUCAGAUUUUGAUUCAGUUUUGUAACGACUAUUUUAUAACAAUAAAAUAAAAUGUGGAAAUUGCGUA